AUGCGGCAUCCCGCUGCUCCGACCGUGAUAGCCUUUCUACUGGGGUUGUUGGCGUUCUUUCUUUUGUGGGGAAAGCUCCGAGGCGAUGGACACCAUGAGGGAAACCCGCAUCCGGAUGAUGUGCCGCCGAAAGCGAAAGAAGAAAUUGUUGAAGAAGAAGAAGAAGAAGAAGAAGAAGAAGAAGAAGAAGAAGAAGAAGAAGAAGAAGAAGAAGAAGAAGAAGAAGAAGAAGAAGAAGAAGAAGAAGCUGGCGAGGGGUAG